CAGCAGCUCCAACAGAAAAUAAGCGGAAAAGCGGAAAAAAGGCAGCAACAACCAAAGGGGCCAAAGGACCCCGGGAAAACCGAAUAACAAUAAUAGCAAGAACAACAAAGAAGGCAGAGCCAACAACAUUAGACGAAGAGGAGACCGGCAGCAAUAUCAACGGGCUGCAAAAUGCGCUUUGGCUUAAAGUUGAGCUGCCUUUGGCCAAGCAUUUUAUUAUGGCUAACGUGGAGUUUGAGCUGGAGGUGGAGGAGCGGGGGAUUUUUAGUCAGCGCACAGCCAUCAUUAACCGAGAAAAUCCCAUUAGGUGCCAUUUUCGAGCAGGGCACCGACGAGGUGCAGUCGGCCUUCAAGUACGCGAUGCUCAACCACAACCUGAACGUCUCGUCCCGUCGCUUCGAGCUGCAGGCUUACGUGGACGUUAUCAAUACGGCGGAUGCCUUCAAGCUCUCCCGACUGAUUUGCAACCAGUUCUCACGGGGCGUAUACUCAAUGCUGGGCGCCGUCUCGCCGGACUCCUUUGAUACCCUACACUCGUACUCGAACACCUUCCAGAUGCCCUUCGUAACGCCCUGGUUCCCCGAAAAGGUGCUUACACCAUCGUCUGGCUUCCUCGACUUUGCCCUCAGCAUGCGCCCGGAUUAUCAUCAGGCCAUCAUUGAUACAAUACAGUUUUAUGGAUGGCGAAAAAUAAUUUAUCUCUACGAUUCCCACGAUGGUCUGCUACGCCUGCAGCAAAUCUACCAGGGCCUGAAGCCCGGCAACGAGUCCUUCCAAGUGGAGCUGGUCAAGCGCAUCUCCAACGUCAGCAUGGCCAUCGAGUUCCUGCACACUCUGGAGCAAAUCGGCCGCUACGAUAACAAGCACAUCGUCCUGGACUGCCCCACGGAAAUGGCCAAGCAAAUACUAAUCCAGCAUGUUCGCGAUUUGCGCCUGGGCCGGCGCACCUAUCACUAUUUGCUGAGCGGUCUGGUCAUGGACGAUCGCUGGGAAAGCGAAAUAAUCGAAUUCGGGGCCAUUAACAUCACGGGCUUUCGCAUCGUGGACACCAACCGGCGGCUGGUGCGCGAGUUCUACGACAGCUGGAAGCGACUGGAUCCCCAGAUGAGCGUGGGAGCUGGUCGUGAAUCGAUCUCGGCACAGGCGGCGCUCAUGUACGAUGCGGUCUUCGUCCUGGUGGAGGCCUUCAAUAAAAUCCUGCGCAAGAAGCCGGACCAGUUUCGGAACAAUGUACAACGCCGCAGCCAAAAUUUGAUGGUUGCCCAGGCAGCUGCCUCCACGUCCAUGGACGGCUACAACUACAAUGCCAGCGGCGGAAACGGCGGUACUUCCACGAGUGGCGGUGGCAGCUAUGCCGGCGGUGAUUCCGGCGGAUCCGGUGGCGCCUCCCGGGCUCUAGACUGCAAUACGGCCAAGGGCUGGGUGAAUGCCUGGGAGCACGGCGAUAAAAUAUCGCGCUAUUUGAGAAAGGUGGAAAUCGAGGGCCUAACCGGGGACAUCAAAUUCAACGAUGACGGCAGACGCGUCAAUUACACGCUGCACGUUGUCGAGAUGACAGUAAACAGCGCCAUGGUCAAGGUGGCCGAGUGGAAUGACGAUGCCGGACUGCAGCCCCUGAAUGCCAAAUACGUUCGUCUGCGUCCGCAUGUGGAGUUCGAGAAGAACCGCACCUACAUAGUGACCACCGUUUUGGAAGAGCCCUACAUCAUGCUGAAGAAGGCGGUUUUCGGUGAGAAGCUGCAUGGCAACGAACGCUUCGAGGGAUACUGCAAGGAUCUGGCAGAUCUCCUGGCCAAGGAGCUUGGCAUUAACUAUGAACUGCGCCCGGUCAAGGAUGGCAAUUACGGAUCGGAGAAGUCCACCGAACACGGCGGUUGGGACGGCAUGGUGGGGGAGCUGGUGCGCAAGGAAGCGGAUAUUGCGAUUUCCCCCCUGACGAUUACCGCCGAACGCGAACGUGUCAUCGACUUUAGCAAGCCGUUCAUGUCGCUGGGCAUCUCCAUCAUGAUUAAGAAGCCAGUGAAGCAGACGCCCGGCGUGUUCAGCUUCAUGAAUCCUUUAUCGCAGGAAAUUUGGGUGAGCGUCAUCUUCAGCUACAUUGGCGUGAGCAUCGUGCUGUUCUUUGUGUCGCGCUUCUCGCCACAUGAAUGGCGCCUCGUGCAGCAGCCGCCGCAGCAAUCACAGUCGCCAGAUCCGCAUGCACAUCACGAACAGCUUGCCAAUCAGCAGCCGCCCGGCAUCAUUGGUGGUGCACCCGUACCGGCUCCACCCGGACCUCCCACUCCCGGCGCCCAAUCGGCGGCCGGCGCUGCUGCCCUGCAGGCCGCCCUCUCGGCCGGAAGUCCCGGAUCCGGCGGCUCAUCCUCGACGGCAGUCAAUGAGUUCAGUGUGUGGAACUCUUUCUGGUUUUCACUGGCCGCCUUCAUGCAGCAGGGAUGCGAUCUGUCGCCGAGAUCCGUCUCCGGGCGGAUUGCCGCUGCCUCCUGGUUCUUCUUCACCCUCAUACUCAUCUCGUCGUACACAGCCAACCUGGCUGCGUUCCUCACGGUGGAAAGGAUGGUGACGCCCAUUAAUUCGCCGGAGGACCUGGCAAUGCAGACGGAGGUUCAAUACGGCACCCUGUUGCACGGCUCGACCUGGGACUUUUUCCGGCGCUCCCAAAACGGACUCCACAUCAAGAUGUGGGAGUACAUGAACUCGCGCAAGCACGUCUUUGUGAAAAGCUACGAGGAGGGGAUCAAGCGCGUGCGCACCUCCAAGGGGAAGUACGCCCUCCUGGUGGAGUCCCCCAAGAACGAAUAUGUGAACGCCCGCGAGCCCUGCGACACGAUGAAAGUGGGCCGGAAUAUGGAUACAAAGGGAUUUGGCAUUGCCACGCCGCUCGGCUCGGCCCUCAAGGACCCCAUCAAUCUGGCGGUGCUGAAGCUAAAGGAGAACGGCGAGCUGAUCAAGUUGCGCAACAAAUGGUGGUACGAAAAAACGGAGUGUAGCACCCACAAGGACGGCCAGGCCUCCCACAACGAGCUGUCGCUGAGCAACGUGGCCGGCAUAUUCUACAUCCUGAUUGGCGGGCUGCUGGUCAGCGUUUUCGUGGCCAUCCUCGAGUUCUGUUUCCGCAGCAAGGAUUCCCGUUCGGCGGCGAACGGUUCCGCCAUGGGUAUGGGUAUGGGCAUGGGCAUGGGACUGGGCGGAUCGGGGGGACACGGUAGCCUGGGCAAGGCCAAUGGCUCCAUGAUGCUGGGCCCCUCCAGCGCUGUGCCCGGCGUGAUGCCGUCCACACAUCAAAGGAGCACCCUGACGGACACCAUGCACGCCAAGGCGAAAUUGACCAUCCAAGCGAGCCGCGACUACGACAACGGACGUGUUGGGUAUCUGAAUUGCGCCUCGUUGCAGUAUUAUCCGCCCGCCCAGCUCUCGGCCACGCCCCCUGAUGCCGGGGACGCCCUGCACAUGAACGCCCACGGCCAGGUCUGACAUGAACUCG